CAUAGACACGUGUUCUGGGAAGUAGGAAGUAAAUACAGAGGAGGCGAGGUGCCACUGGAAAGAAGUUCUGGCACCAUGCUGGAAGGCUACAGCCCUGUGACCCAGGCCCUGCUGGGUACUCUGUUCACCUGGGGCCUGACCGCCGCCGGAGCAGCCCUGGUCUUUGUCUUCUCCAGCCGACAGAAGCGCAUCUUGGAUGGAAGUCUAGGCUUUGCAGCUGGGGUGAUGCUUGCUGCUUCCUAUUGGUCAUUGCUGGCACCGGCGAUCGGCAUGGCGGAGGAUUCUGGGAAGUACGGCUCGUUCGCUUUCGUGCCUGUGGCGGUGGGAUUCACACUCGGGGCGGCCUUUGUUUACUUCGCUGACCUGGCCAUGCCCCUGCUGGGUGUAGGUGCUGACCCACACAUAGCCUUGGCUCUUCCCCCCGACUCCAAGCUGGCCAAAGAGAAAGCGGACGAGCCGUCGUUCCAACUCUUGGACUCUGAUGAGAUGACCAUCAGGAUAGGUAGAGCUGGACCUCUCUCAGAUAAAAUGGAUAACGGAGACGUGUACCAGAGGAGGAGAGUUCCCCAUUCGGCCGGCUCAGAUGAACAGGAAACGCGACGUAAACAACACGAAGCGGUUGGGCAGGCGGCAAGCAGCUGGCGACGAAUUGUUCUCCUCAUCCUCGCCAUCACCAUCCACAACAUCCCAGAGGGUUUGGCUGUGGGGGUUGGAUUCGGAGCCAUUGGAAAGACUUCUUCGGCUACCUUUGAAAGCGCCAGAAAUUUGGCAAUCGGUAUUGGCAUCCAGAAUUUCCCAGAAGGCCUGGCAGUGAGCCUGCCGCUCCGGGGUUCAGGGAUGUCAACAUGGAGAGCCUUCUGGUAUGGCCAGCUGAGCGGCAUGGUAGAGCCAAUCGCUGGGUUGCUAGGCGCCGUCGCCGUCGUCUUGGCAGAACCUCUCUUGCCGUACGCGCUGGCGUUUGCUGCCGGGGCGAUGGUUUACGUGGUUGUCGAUGACAUCAUACCUGAGGCUCAACUCAGUGGCAACGGGAAGCUGGCAUCCUGGACCUCCAUCCUGGGCUUCGUGGUGAUGAUGUCACUGGACGUUGGGCUGGGCUGAGCUCACCGCGUCAACAGAACACUCGAUGGCCGUGAUGUCGUCGCUGUGCUGCUGGCAUCACUUUUUAUUUAAAAGGGGACCAAAUGAAGUGUUUUGUCCUGAAACACUAUUUAUCCAUUUUGUUUGAAUUGUCGCUGCUUGAAAUUCAGCAGUGACGUCAGGAACGCAGCUAUUACUUGAAAAGCUCUUUAAUGUGUUUUAUUUUCAUGCCGCAGCUGUCACUUCUUUUCUUUUCUCAAAUGGCAGACAUCCAAUUUAGAAAUUAAUUUGUGACUAUUUAAUGAAUAAGCUUGUAAAUGUGUUGAUGAGCAUGUGGGUUGUUGAGUUCUUCUUUUAAUUUCAGAUCAGACAUGAGUCACGAGAGUUAAAUGAUUAUGAUUUCUUAGUUCACUUCCAGUUUUGUAUUUUGUCACGAUGGCAUAAGUCUGGUUGAUUUGGUCAUUUAUGGGACCGAGGUUGAUUCGAUUUUCCUUCCUUAAGUUUUCUAAAUAUGAUUAUUUAAUUUUUUUUGGUGUGUUUGGAGUUUUACGAGGAUGACAGUAAUUUGUUGACUUGUUCAUGUGUCAUACACUACACCAUCCUCUUCGACAGCAGGUCUCCAUUUCGACCAAAUGCAGUGCCUUCUUCUUAGAAUAGUCUACUGCCAUCUACAGGCCAGUCUGAAGAAUCGCACGUUGUGGUCCACGUCUAAUUAACUAAAUGCUGACGUUAACGCCGAGUAACAUGUGAAGUAUCUACGUAAUUAAACAACCAAGUGAUUCUCAGUUUCCUCCAGCGUGUGGUAUUCAGAGCCAAAUCAAACAAACAAGCGGCUGUGCUUCUUCUCUGAUUGAUGCUUGCAGCUCUGGGCUGUUUAUUAAACUUCUAAAACCA